AUGCCUCGGAGAAAGCAAAAAAAGGCAGUCAUGACGGAGGAAGACGGUGAAGAACGAGCCGAAGAGGCUCUUCCUCAUGUUGUUGAUGAUGAAGGUGAUGAAGAAAGAAAGAGUCAAACAAAGGCUCCUAGAACCUCACGAAGAGCUAAAACCAAAAGAAAAAAGCAAGAAUCUUCGGAUGAAGAAGAAGAGGAAUCCAUAUUGGAUGAAGAAGAAGAGGAAGAGAAACGUUCUAAAAAGAAAACAAAGAAAAGCAACUCCUCCACGAGUAAAAAGAAAAAAACAUCAUCCUCGAGUAAAAAGAAAAAAGCAGAGUCGGAGCUUGAGGAAGAGGACGAAAACGAGCCAAUGAUUGAAAAAGAUCAAACCGAAGAUGUCAUGGAGGACGAGGAAAAAAACAACACAAUAACCAAUGCUUCAUCCAUUACCACUCCCACAGAGGAGGAAGUCAUACCUGAGGAACAACCAGAAGACGCGGUUGGAGAUUUGGACCUGACCAAAAUUCAGUCUGAAAACUCAUUUGUCAUGGAAACAAUUCAAAAUGUGAUGCAAUUUCAAUCUGUAUUGCAAAAUGUCGAGUCUGGAUAUGCAACUUUGUCAAGUGAAGAUCGACACAAGAUUUUGAGUAUUCUCAAACAUCAACAACGUAAAAUUGGAAAAUUAGUGGAAAUUUGUAAUUCAGCUGAGUUGUUACUGUUCCGUGGUGCUAAGAAUGAUUUGAGCGAGUAUGGUAUUCUCAACAAGAUUGAAUUGGUUGAGGUUUGGGCUGUCGUUUUUUCAUUUCUAAAAUUUUCCGAUUGGCUUAAAGCAUCCCAAGUAUGCAAAUUAUGGAAAAAAGCAAGUGAAGAACCUUAUUCCCUUUCCUCUCUUCAAUUUGACUUUAAGUACAAUUUUCAACACAAGCACAUUCUCGAGGUGUACAGGGAGUAUUUUGCGGAAAGAAAGAUAUUUAUUCGAUAUGCAUCAGAUAUUCCAGGUCAUUUUCUAAGAUAUUUAAGCGAACAUAACAUUGUAUUUCCCAACGCGAAAUAUCUAAUCACUUGUAAGAUUCCUUCAUGGGAAGAUGAACUGUCCUAUUAUUCAGAUGAGAAUAUUGAGAAGGUAUUUCCAAAAUAUGCCAUGCCACACUUCAAUGCGUCCAGUGUAGAGGAAUUUGGAUUUUUAAGAAGUUUUCUUUCUUCCUCUUCUCAAAAAACAAUUGAUGUUCCUGCAUCUACCAAGUGCGUUAAGCUGGGAAGUAGAUUUGUCGAGUUUGAAAAUCCCGAUAAUAUUGUCAAGCUAGUAAUCUCAAUUUGCGACGAAGAGACAUUACCACAAUUUCCAAAUCUCACCGAACUUGAUCUUUCCCUACAUUUUUCUCCCUUCAAUGACGACAUUAUUUUGGAUUACAAAUUUGGAGAGAAAGUGAAAACCUUGGGACUGUGUUACCAUGCCACCAUUCAAGAUGUAAAAAGAUGCUUGCCUUCACUCUCGCAAAUACAAACUCUAAAGCUUUCAGAAGUGGGUCUUAAUAAGCGAGCGUUUUCCGUUGGAUCCAACUUGACCAGUUUUGAAAAUUUAACGGAACUCGAUGCUGAUACAAUGUAUGAAUCGCAACUCGAAGCGAUUGCACCUCGACUAAAACGUUUGAAGAUUUCCAAAUUGCUAGAAAAGAAAGGCAAAAUAUUCACCCAUUUGACCAAUAUUGAAGCACUCUGUAUCACAGAUCAAGUACUUGCAAAUCCAAAUGACUUGACCAAACUAACCAAGCUCAAGACGUUACAGAUAUCCAAUAAUUCAAAUAACCAUAACAAGCAAAUCACGAUCGAUUCUGCAAGUUUGGAAACCUUGAUCCUGCUGACAUUUAAUUCGAUCACUAUUAACUGCCCAAACUUGUACUACUUACUAAUAAGCGGUGGCUUGAAGAGCGGAUCUGAAUCAGUCUACAUUACAUCGAACAAAUUGAGCUUGUUUCGUUUGGAUCGUGAAGUCCAGUCUUUGAGCAUUAAGGGACCAAAUUUAUUCUCAGACGGCUCUAUACUUGAGCGUGUCAAGUCCAUUGUUGAUUUGGAAUGCCCUCUCAUAGAGAGUGCUCACAUAUUGUCAGCAUCAUCAAUCACGCAAAGCGAUAGUUUCAAGACACUACUCGUGAGACAAAUCAAGACUCUAAGAAUCUCGGCAUGCACGUUACAAAUUUUUGAAUAUCAAACACAAAUUCAAAAUUUAUUCAUUGAUGGAUGGAAGAGUAUUUCGAAAAUUUCACAAGCCAAAAUGUCUCUCUACAAGCAAAACACGAAAACAGUAAGACAAUUAUCUCUUCAAGGUUGCAGUAUUGAAGUAGUCAAGUCGAUCAAUAACCUUUUCAGAGAAUCGAGUAGUAUUGAAACUCUUUCAAUUCUCGACACCAACUAUGACAGUGAAGUCAUGGACUCCAUUUCCAACUCUUCACAAUAUUAUCCAAACUUGAGUGAAUUGCAUUUGAAAAAUAUUGUUGGUUUCAAGCCAGCUACCAUGAAUCUAUUUCUGAAAACACUUGAUCCAAGAACCAAGCUCAAGACUUUGGAGUGCGUUCUUAAAACUACCUAUAAGAGAUAUAUUCCAACACACAUUCCAACACAUGUAGAGCGGUACAUUGGCUCGAUCGGUGGUAUUGCGAAUGCUCCUGUGAAAAACUUAACCUCCCUAAUCGUACCCAGUGGAUGCAUGCACAUGGAGGCAGAGGAAUUUCAACAUCUCCCAAAUCUCACCUUCUUGAAAUUGGAACAAAUAUUUGUGGACUCGACCAUGUUGAAACAUUUGAAGAAUGUCAAGAUUUUGGUACUGUCUGCCUAUAACUCUUUAUUACUGAAAUUGAAUAAGGACGAGAAUCCUGAACGUACCAUCUAUUAUGAAUAG